AUGAUACGACAACUUGAAAAAAGGUGCACGUUUAAGUACCAUCAGGAACCGUGCUACUUGGGAUCGUAUUAUAGUACAGGUAUGGGACAUAUUAUCGUAUUUUACAUUUUACUACCCACCCUUCUUUACCCUACCCUACACUACCCUACUCUACUUUACGCUACUCUACCCUGCCUGACCCUACUCUGCCUUACCUUACCCUAUUUUUAAUCCACCCUGCCUUAGGACUACCCUACCAUACCCUAUCUUAUAGUACUAUAACAAUAACCCGAGUCUACUUUAUUUUACACGUACUCUUAUUACAACACAAAGAUUUGACAUAUCCUAUCAUAUUCAACCAUACAGUACUUUCUUAUAAUAAUAAAUAUAUCCUACCCUACCCCUAACACUAGUCCUGACACAUCUUACCUUACUGUUCAUUCCUAUCAUUCUCCACCGUACGAUACGUUCCCUACCCUACUUUACGGUAUCUUACCUUGUCUUACCCUACCCUACUCUGCAUUAACCUACCCAAUCCACCCUAACCUACCGUACCCUACCAUUAUUAACGUUUUUAAAAUUUCAGCGACCCGUAAAAUCGAGCACAAGAUGAACAUGUUUGUGAAGAGUAAAACCUUGUGCAAGUACAACACCAAUGUAAACGAUGCGGCUGAUAACGUUUGUUGUCGUGAGCCAGACUGCCUUCAAAUGUGUUACCCAGACUGGAGUUCCGCUUCGAACAUUGUUGAAUUUUAA